GAUUUAAUGCUAUGGAACUGUAUGAGCUGUAGUCUGCUGAGAUACAGCACUCUUUGGCAGAGAAGAGUAAAGAGCUUGUAACACUACAACUCCCACGAUUUGCAGGAAUUGAGCCAUAGCAGUCAACGCGGUGUCAACCUGCACUCAUUUUCAACAAGGUGUAGGCCCGCAUUUAGUACCUGCAAGGUUUCUUUCAAUCGCUCCGAUUGGUUUAUAUGGCUGUAUCACUCUAUACUUUUUGUUUCGUGCGUCUAUGAAAUACGGGCAGUCUCGCGAGAUGUGAGCAACGAGACUUGUUCUGGCCCAGUUAGCAAAGCUGAAUGAGGAAGGCAGCAAGCAGGAAAUUAUAGAAAACUAGAAGAGGGCCUCUUGGAUGUAACCAUCAAUAAAUACUCUCUUGCAGUAUGUUAUUGCAUCUGUUAAUUAAAAAACAUAGACGGUUAGAAGUGCUGUUGACAAGCUUUUUAAACAAGGACAGAUUUCUGUACAAGGCCUUUGCUACUUCUUCCCCUCUUUAUAGAAAGAACAAAAAGAUAAGUGAAUAUGAAAACAUUGACCAAGAAAAGUAUGGAGAUUUGGUCCGUGAUCUUGUCUCCUACCGAGACAGUUUCCAAAGACCUGAAUAUUUGUUUGAAGAAGACGAACUGCUUUAUGGACCUGAGAGUAAAUAUAAGCCCCCAACUAAGGAGGCUGAACCACAGCUUAUUGGGAACUGGACUCCUCUAAUGAAUCCUCAUAAGUGUUCUUUACCCCCACAAACUGUCCUCGAACCGCCUUUGCAAAUCAGUUUGGAAAAGAGGAAUUUGGCCAGUGUGACAGCUGUGCUGCAGCAGACCAUGCCUCUGGAGCAGGCUUUUCAUCUGGAGAAGUGGAGACAGCGAAUGAUUUUUGAACUUGGAAAAGAGGGUUUUGCAGAAUACACUAAAAAUAUCUUUCAAAAAGGAAAGUGCUUUCAUGCAGCCAUGGAAAGUUUAUUGUUGGGUGAUGAUAUUUCUGUGAAGGUGCAGGAAGAAGAUAUUGAUGGUUCUGGCUUUGUAAAGAGUGUAAAGCAUGUGCUACAGGAAGUCACUGGAGUGAGAGCCCUUGAAAGUGCAGUACAGCAUGAGACACUUGGUUAUCAAGGCCUAGUGGACUGUGUGGCAGAAUAUCGUGGAACAUUGUGUGUAAUUGACUGGAAGACUUCAGAGAAAUCGAAGCCAUUUCUCCGCAAUACAUUUGACAGUCCUCUACAGAUUGCAGCAUACAUAGGAGCCAUUAAUCAUGAUAACAACUACAACUUCCAGGUUGAUUGUGGACUCCUUGUCAUUGCCUACAAAGAUGGUUCUCCUGCACAUCCUCACUACAUGGACUCUGAACUAUGCUCUCAGUACUGGAAGAAGUGGCUGCACCGUCUAGAAGAAUAUAAAGAGAAAAAGAAGGGCAGUAACACUGUUUAAAAAGUGCUCUUAAAAAUAAAAAUCCCAGUUUACAGAUGGAGUACUUCUUGAACUUAGUCUGCCAUUGGAGACUUGUACUUUCCUCAUAAAGUUGCAGAGGGACAUUUGCAGACAUAGGGUAUCGAUACCUAGGAAAAUUAUUUAUCACAAGAUUCCUCGAAUAUGCUCCUUUUCUCAUGUUGUGUGCCUUCAAGUUGUUUCUAACGUAUGGUUCAGAGAGUAUUUACCAUUCCCCUUGUCUGAGAGAAUGUGCCUUAUCCAGAGUCACCCAGUGGGUUUCCAUGGCUGAGUAGGGAUUUGAACCUGUGUCUCUAGAGUUGUCCAGCAUUUAAACCAUUGUAUAUUGCUGCCUCUGCCCAUUUUUUUGGAGCAGAAGUCAGCUGUGUUAUGAAAUUAGAAGCCCAGUGGUGUGAAAGUAGCAUUAGGAGCCAGGGCUUGUAAUAGAAAGUUUCCUUUGCUGCUCCUUCCCAUGUACAAAUGCCCUUUGUGGUGUUGUGUUGUCAUUAUCAUGUUAUCCCACAGGUUUGAGCAUACAUACUGGAAAGUAAUAUAUGGUUCCACAUUCAAAGAUGAAUUCUAUUCUGUUGUGUUUCUUUAGUUGUAAAGUGAGAAACUUUUAGUAACCAAGGAAGCCAGAAGAGAUAAUACAUAUGAAUAGUGCUCAAAUGAGCCCUACUUCUAAUUUUCAUACUGAUAGGAAAAAAGUGAAACAGUCACCUGCCUCCAAUGCCUUCCCAUGGAUUCUUAUAACUGUGUUUCAUCCCAAAUCUAUCUGGAAGAAGUACUUCAUAAAAAAUUGUUUGGACCUAGUGAUUGGGUGGUGAAGUGGGGAAGAGAGGAGAACUUAGAAUAAAUACUAUGUAUUUUAAGUUGGGAUAUAUAUAGUGAGGGUGACUAGUAAAUGGAGAGCUACAUUUUUUAAAAACAAAUGUCUUUUAAUUCGAAAUCCCAUCACCUAUAUUUAUAUUCAAUAAAUUUGUUUUGUUACAUUACACCAGGUUUAUUUAUCAAAGGCAUUUGUUAAAAUCAUACAAAAUCAAAUUUUGUUGUGUUCCAUAUUCUGCUCAUCCCUUAUUGUGGAAAUUUCUUUCAAGUUCAGAAAUUAGGUUGAUUUUCUAAUAGUUUCAAACAACAGGUUUAAGCACUAGUGGUGUUUAGUUGACUUGGAUAACAGUUCUGAGAACCCCUGAAGUUCACAGCCACAGAAUGGUGCUUAGCCGAUCAAUAAAGUGGAUCCCAUUUAGGGAGUCAGUAGAACUUAGCCCAGGAUCCUGUGAUCUAGAGUGGUACACAUAAAACCACCCAAUCCAGUAGUGAUGCAGCCUCUGGUCAUGUCUCCAUCCCCAAUAUGUUUCAAUAAACAUGCCUUCUGCAGGCUGCGGGAUUAAUUUUACCAGGUCAGUCCCUGCUCCCAGACUGUUUUAGGCUCUAAAACCAGCUUUCUUAUUUUUAAGAAAGCCUCCUACUAGACAAAUAUGUUAGCUCCUCCAGGCAUGGUGAAAUUCCCUCCCACAACCUUAGAGAGGUGUUUCAUUUUUAUAAAAACAGAGUAGAGAUGGGAGCACAGGAGGCUGAAUACAACCUAUAGUAGAACCUUCCAAACUGUGUGUCACAACACUGUCCAGGAGUGGCGCACAAACAUAAUGAAAAACCUUUGAGUCUUUGUGACAUAAGCAAUAAACCAUAUUUUUAAACAUGUAAAUUAAAUAUUUUCAUGAAA